CUGCGCUCGGGCCGGGCGCGGCCGGCGGUGCGGCGCGCCAUGGACUUCAACAUGAAGAAGCUGGCGUCGGACGCGGGCAUCUUCUUCACCCGGGCCGUGCAGUUCACAGAGGAGAAAUUCGGCCAAGCCGAGAAGACGGAGCUUGAUGCCCACUUCGAAAAUCUUCUGGCCCGGGCGGACAGCACCAAGAACUGGACGGAGAAAAUCCUGAGGCAGACAGAGGUGCUGCUGCAGCCCAACCCCAGUGCCCGGGUGGAGGAGUUCCUGUAUGAGAAGCUGGACAGGAAGGUGCCCUCUCGGGUCACCAACGGGGAGCUGCUGGCUCAGUACAUGGCAGAGGCGGCCAGUGAGCUGGGGCCCACCACGCCCUACGGGAAGACACUGAUCAAAGUGGCAGAAGCUGAAAAGCGCCUGGGAGCCGCAGAGCGGGAUUUCAUCCACACGGCCUCCAUCAACUUCCUCACGCCCCUGCGCAACUUCCUGGAAGGGGACUGGAAGACCAUUUCGAAGGAGCGGCGGCUCCUCCAAAACCGCCGCCUGGACCUGGACGCCGGCAAAGCACGGCUGAAGAAGGCCAAGGCCGCAGAAGCUAAAGCUACGUGUGAGGGAGAUACGGUGCCUGACUUUCAGGAGACUAGACCUCGUAAUUACAUUCUCUCGGCCAGCGCCUCCGCGCUUUGGAAUGAUGAGGUGGACAAGGCUGAGCAGGAGCUCAGAGUGGCGCAGACCGAGUUUGACCGGCAGGCAGAGGUGACCCGACUCCUGCUGGAGGGCAUCAGCAGCACCCACGUGAACCACCUUCGCUGCCUCCAUGAGUUCGUCGAGUCUCAGACCACUUACUACGCUCAGUGUUACCGCCACAUGCUGGACCUACAGAAGCAGCUGGGCAGCUCCCAGGGAGCCAUAUUUCCAGGCACCUUCGUGGGGACGACAGAGCCCACCUCUCCGCCCCUGAGCAGCACCUCACCCACCACCACUGCGGCCACCAUGCCUGUGGGGCCCUCUGGGGCUGGAAUGGUCCCUCCCGGGGAAGCUGCCCUCUGCCUGGAGGAGGUAGCGCCCCCUGCCAGUGGCACGCGGAAGGCCCGGGUGCUCUAUGACUAUGAGGCAGCCGACAGCAGUGAGCUGGCCCUGCUGGCCGAUGAGCUCAUCACGGUCUACAGCCUGCCAGGCAUGGAUCCCGACUGGCUCGUUGGCGAGAGAGGCAACAGGAAGGGCAAGGUCCCGGUCACCUACCUGGAACUGCUCAGCUAAACAGGCGCCACCCAGACCCUGCCUGUCCCGGCCUGGGCGGGAGCAGAUGGCCCUGCUGCUUUGUCUGUUGGGGACCAGUUGCUCAGGGUGGGAGGCCAACCUGCUCUGUCUUGGCUUCUGGCCGUCCAGCUGUGAGGGCACUGAGGCUGAGAGACCCCAGCCCCCCCCAACCCUGCUUCUAACCUGAGACUCUGGAGCCCCCAACCCUGCCUGCACCCCCCGAGCACCCAGCCCCCCAGGGGCGCCUCGGGAGAGAGGGGCUGUGCUGGGGCAGCUGGCCCUGAACCCGGGGUUCGCCCUCGGCAAGAGCACUGCCUUUUUGUUGCUGCAAGCAGCAGGGGGACCAGCAGGUGUGAGGCGGCCUCAGGAAGGGAUGCGGGAGCCUGGCAGAAGGCGGGGCUGGCCCGAGCGGCCUCUCCGGGUGCUGCCUUCCCUCCCUGCUCCAGCCAGGCUGGCGCUGCAGCCCGCCCCGCCACUACUUUCUAUGUGAUCUUUUUACUCUGCCUGUCUGCUCGCUCUGGCUAGUGACAAGUAAUAAAGCCUCCUUCAUGUG